GCCAAAGACUCUCGUCGCGAGAGGUAGUAGACGCGCGUCGCGUUUUCCGCCGGACCUCUUCCGCUCUACGGGUCUACUUAUCUCUGUGCCCUCCUCUCCUCCCCCUCCUGCAUCCCCCGUGUUCCCGGAUCUCCGCGCUAUCUCACCCCCGCGAAUCCCGUCGCGCGAUAUCUGAACGCGACCGGCUUUCGGACUGGCCGCGCGCCGUGUAUGCACCGCGUGCACUCGCCACAGCAUCGCCGUCGACACCACGACGACACCGCGCUGCUCGUCCUCGUCGUCGGCCACCAUCAACACCACCAGCACGUACCCGCGCUGCGCGUCGCCGACGACGACGACGACGACGACGACGACGACGAGAACGACGGCGGAUCACGAGAGUCAGGGUGACGCUGAAGCGACGACGGUGCAUCAUCGUCCGUGUCUGGAAAUUAGGCACCGAGUUCGGCCGAGCAUAGAACUCGACUACAGGAUCGAAGGAUGCUGGCCCGCUGCCUAAUCUUUGCAGGUGCAGCUGCUGUAGUAACGUCCACGGGCGGGCACAGCUUCGACGCGCAUUUACGUGGCCCCAGCUUCAUGCUGGAACCGCCGUCGAGGAUCGAAUUCUCAAAUUCCAGCGGCGCCUGGUUGGACUGUACGGCCUCCGGAAGCCCGCCGCCCAAUAUCGACUGGUCCACCGCGGACGGACAUACGGUGAACGAUGUGUCGGGUGUGCGGAGAGUGCUUAGAAACGGCACCCUGGUGCUUUUGCCGUUUCCGGCCGCGGCCUAUCGGCAGGACGUUCAUAGCGCCGCGUACAGAUGCGUGGCGAGCAAUUCCGUUGGUAAAGUGCUCAGCCGCGAUGUACAAGUCAGAGCAGUGGUGGCUCAGGCGUACAAAGUCGACGUGGAGGUGACGGGGGGAGCAUCGAGGGGAUGCACCGCGAUAUUACGCUGCAUCAUACCCAGCUACGUCAAAGAUUUGGUGCGCGUCGUAUCCUGGCUGCAUGAGCCUUCAUCCUAUAUAUAUCCCUCGCUACAAGGAGAUGGCAAGUUCCACCUGCUUCCCACGGGAGAGCUUCUAGUGCACAGUCUCGAGUUCAGCGACCAGCUGAGCGGCUACAGAUGCCGCACGAUGCACCGUCUCACGAGACAAGUGGUCGUUAGCUCGAUGGCCAACAUUAGGAUAGCAGAUCACAGAGGCGUAAUGCCUCCCGUGAUACUCGAAAACUCCGGCGUCGUACACGUCGCCCAGGACGAAUCGACGUCAUUAGUCUGCGUAGCGCAAGCCUGCCCUUCGCCUGAAUACCGGUGGUACGCGCAAACAGGUGCGGAACCGAUGUUGGUGCUUUCCGGACCGAGAACUAGACUACUUGGUUCCGUAUUGUCAAUCGAAGCGGUGACUCUGGAGGAUAGCGGCGUGUACCGUUGUUCCGCUUCCAAUCCUGGUGGCGAGGCGAGCGCUGAAAUCAGGUUGAUUGUAACGGCGCCUCUUCACGUGGAAGUGACGCCACCGUUGCUGAGCGUUCACUUAGGAGGCAACGCCGAGUUCAGAUGCGAGGUCGGCACACAUCCGCAAGCUGGACCGCACUUUAUUACAUGGUACAAGGACGGCCGGCAACUUCCAGGGACAGGAAGGCAAUCGGAAUUAUUGAGACUCAACGGAAUCGGAAGGGAGGACCGCGGCAUGUAUCAGUGCAUUGUGAGAAGGUCGGAAGGCGACACAGCUCAAGCGUCGGCGGAACUUCAACUAGGCGAUGCGCCGCCUGUGCUCCUGUACUCGUUCAUCGAGCAAACUCUUCAACCAGGACCCGCCGUGUCCUUAAAAUGUUCCGCCGCGGGAAAUCCUACACCUCAGGUAUCAUGGGCAUUGGACGGUUUUCCCUUACCAACUAAUGGAAGAUUCGUCAUUGGACAAUACGUGACGGUGCAUGGUGAUGUCAUAUCUCACGUCAAUAUAAGCCAUGUUAUGGUGGAAGACGGAGGUGAAUAUUCUUGCACUGCCGAAAAUCGCGCGGGGAAGGUGACGCAUGCUGCACGACUCAACGUUUACGGACUUCCGUAUAUACGUCUGAUCCCAAAAGUAACCGCCGUCGCCGGCGAGACUCUCCGUUUGAAGUGCCCGGUAGCCGGAUAUCCGAUCGAGGAGAUCAAAUGGGAAAGGGCGAACCGCGAGUUACCGGACGACCUGCGUCAGAAGGUGCUUCCGGACGGCACUCUGCAGAUCAGCAGCGUACAGAAGAAGGGCGACGCCGGCGUGUACACAUGCUGGGCGAGGAACAAGCAGGGUCACAGCGCCAGAAGAUCCGGCGACGUCGCAGUGAUCGUUCCCCCAAAAAUUAGCCCGUUCACGGCAGAUCGCGACCUGCAUCUCGGCGAGCGCACCACCCUGACGUGCUCAGUGACGAGAGGCGAUCUGCCGCUGUCCAUCACGUGGCUGAAGGACGGACGCUCGAUGGGGCCGUCGGAGCGCGUCACUGUCACCAAUAUGGACCAGUACAAUAGCAUACUGAUGAUUGAAAGUUUAUCUCCAGAUCACAACGGCAACUACUCGUGCGUGGCCCGUAAUGUGGCCGCAGAGGUAUCGCACACGCAGCGGCUUGUGGUUCAUGUACCCCCUAUUAUUGAGCCAUUUACGUUCCAAGAGGGACUAUCCGAGGGGAUGCGGACGCGGACGGUGUGCGGGGUCGCGGCGGGAGAUCCACCCCUAACCAUAUCCUGGCUGAAAGACGGCCAAAAUCCUUUUCCCUUGCCGCCUAAUCUGGCCUCCGUCGCAAAUGUCUCCCAACUGGAUUCCUACUCGAGCCUCCUCAGUAUAACGAAUCUCGCGGCCGAGCACUCCGGCGACUAUACCUGCGUCGCCGCGAACCCCGCCGCCGAGGUCAGGUACACGGCCAAGCUACAGGUAAAAGUGCCGCCCAGAUGGAUCGUCGAGCCGACCGACGUGAGCGUCGAGAGGAAUCGUCACGUCGCGCUGCACUGCCAGGCGCAGGGCGUACCGACGCCGUCGAUUGUCUGGAAAAAAGCCACCGGAAGCAAAGCCGGUGAUUACGAGGAGUUGCGUGAGAGAACGUACACCAAAAUUCUCAGCAACGGCACUCUGUUGUUGCAACACGUGAAGGAAGACAGGGAGGGUUUCUAUUUGUGUCACGCGAGCAACGGCAUAGGAAGCGGCUUAGGCAAAGUCGUGCAAUUAAAAGUUAAUUCGUCUCCAUAUUUCGCGGCGCCGUCGCGGCUUGUCACCGUGAAAAAAGGGGAUACGGCGACGUUACACUGCGAGGUACACGGCGAUAAGCCGGUUACCGUUACCUGGCUGAAAGGCGGCAAAAGCGAGCUGAAUCCCUCGACGAAUUAUCGCGUCGCAGUGAAGCAAGAAGUAACGCCCGACGGUGUCAUCGCGCAAUUGCAAAUCUCGUCGGCGGAAGCCGCCGACAGCGGUGCGUACUUUUGUCAGGCGAACAAUCUUUACGGCCGCGAUCAGCAGUUGGUGCAACUCCUCGUGCAAGAACCGCCACAACCGCCAAGUGCUCUAGAAACUGCCAUGGUGGCGAGUCGUAGUAUUAACGUUAAGUGGCAGCAUAAGUCACAGGACACCAGUGAGGUCACCAAAUAUAUUCUUCAGUACAAAGAGGGCGAAGGCGGGAUAUGGCAACAGCAAGAGUUCACUGGGCCGCCCUUGCCGUAUGCGGCAUUGAUUGACGAUUUAAAACCUGCCACGCGGUAUACUAUACGCGUAAUAGCGGAAGGCCCGGCCGGUCGAUCUGUCCCUUCGCCGGAACUCGUUGUCAAGACCGAACCGCAGAGGCCAGCCGGUCCACCGAUGAAUCUCGCGGCUAGAGCUCUCUCCUCGUCCGAGAUUCUCGUCACUUGGUCGCCGCCGUUGCCGGAACUUCGUCACGGUGACAUACAGGGCUUCAACGUCGGUUACAGAGAAACGAGCUCGAACAACCCGUCGUACAACUACAGCUCUGUGUCGGGCGACGGAGAGGAAGGCGGCGGGGAACUUCGGCUGACAGGUCUCAGGCCCUACACUAGGUACACCCUCGUCGUUCAAGCUUAUAAUCAGGUCGGGCCAGGACCACUGUGCGAGCCAUUGCUUACGCAAACCUUGGAAGACGUUCCGAGUAUGCCACCGGACGAUGUGAGGUGCGCUGCGCUCACUUCUCAGUCCUUGCAAGUGUCCUGGCAACCUCCGUCUAACACGCACAGCAACGGCAUUAUUCAAGGCUACAAAUUGAAUUACGAACCGAUUUUGGCGGAUGCGUGGCGAGUGGUGGAUGAGAUGGAGGUGCGUAAAACAAGCGCUCUAACGACAGUUCUGACUGGGCUCAGACGGUACACUAAUUACACCAUCCAAGUUUUGGCUUAUACUAGAGUUGGCGAUGGUGUACCGUCCGCAACGAUUUACUGUCAGACGGAGGAAGAUGUGCCAGGCAGCCCGGCUGAUAUCAAAGUCGUCGUGAGCUCGCCGCAAGCUCUUUUCAUCUCGUGGCUGCCGCCACUCGAACCGAACGGAGUUAUCACAAAAUAUAAUCUUUAUACAAGAGUCGUGGACGGACGGGAGGAACUUAAUCACGGCAAAAAGACGUUGCCAGCAACAAGCACGUAUUUCGAAGCGACCGACUUGCAACAGCACGUUGAAUACCAAUUCUGGGUGACCGGGAGUACUCGCGUAGGCGAGGGUCAGAGUUCGAGGGUGGCGGCGCAGGUGCCGACAAAUCGAGUGCCAGCCAGGAUCACAUCCUUCGGCGGGCAUGUUGUGCGUCCGUGGCGGGGCUCGGCCACUUUGGCCUGCAAUGCGGUCGGCGAUCCGACGAGAGAGUGGUACAAGGGUAAUACGGAGCAGAUACGCACCGAUUCCGCGAGAAACGUGCAGAUCUUGACGACCGGCGAACUGGUGUUAUCGAAUCUGCAAUCGCAAGAUAGCGGAAAUUACACCUGCCAGGUGGAAAAUUCUCAAGGCAGCGACAAACUGCAUUACACUCUCACGGUGCAAGUUCCGCCCAGUGCUCCCGUAUUGUACGUAACCAGCUCUACGUCAAGCAGUGUGUUAUUGCAUUGGAAAUCCGAGCACAACGGCGGUGCACCGUUGACGGGCUACACGUUGUAUUAUCGAACUAGUCACGGUACUCUCGAUGAGUUACAGUUAUCUCGGCACGCUACCAGUCACGAACUGAAGGGACUCCUAUGCGGCAACACAUAUCAAUUGUAUUUAACAUCGCACAACAAAAUCGGCAGCAGUCCAUCGUCCCCGGUGCUGUCGGUUCGAACUCAGGGUCAAGCUCCGGGGAUUCCACCAUCAGCUGCCUUCCUCAGCCCGAAUUCCACCACUCUGGUGCUUCGAUUACACGUCUGGCCUGAUAACGGGUGCCCCAUCAAAUAUUUUGUCAUUCAGUACAGGCCGAUAAAUGAAUUCCACUGGACUUUGGUGUCGAACAAUGUGAAAAUGCAACGACGAUUCGUCGUGACGAACUUAACACCCAGCUCGGUCUAUCAGCUCAAGGUCGAGGCUCAUAACGUGGCCGGUAGCAAUCAAGCGGAGUUCACAUUUGUGACAUUGACGAAGGAGGGUGAAACACCGCCCCCAGGACUAUCGAAGCGCGGGAUGACGUCGACCAUGCCGUUUUACUCGGACAUCAAGGUGAUGCUGCCGUUGAUCAUUGCGACUGCCGCGUUAGUCGCCGCAGCGGUAAUCGUCGCUAUACGCUGGAGAAACAGGUAUUUAGGAGGCCAAGUGCAACGACCAAUGAAGGAGUCGCAAGAAAAUCAACAGAAUGCUGAGACGCAGCGGGAGCGUUACUACGCCACGAUACACAAAGUGGCCCUGCAACAAGCUGCAAAUACAGGUGCAGGACCUGACAAGAUUCCAGAUGGACGACUGAAACAGUUAGCCCGACGCGAUUUGAAAGGUAGGCAAUGCCUCUGGUGGGUUACAGAGACAGCGGAGGACAUUUCGCCGUACGCUACGUUCCAGCUUUCGGAGGGUGGCGGGGGAAGCCUGGCAGGGUUGGGCGCAUUGGGAGGACUGGGAGGCGCGGCGGAGGCCACGGCGGCCGGUCUUCACCCGAACAACACUCUUCUUCACAGCUUCAUGUAUCACGAACACGCCAUGACCGAAGGAUGCGCAAGCCCUCCACCAGCGGCGACGAGCAUGAAGAGUGUUUCAUCGAGAAGGCGACAGCAGAGAAAGCAGCAAACCCCGGGCGAUGUCGAGAGCGACGAGAGCGAGUCUGACCCGGAUCAACUGAUAAGCUCGCGCACGGAAUCGUCGAAUCAACUGGACGCUGGCAAAUUGAAACAUAUUCGCGCGGUUUCGGACUUUAUCUAUCACGGUACGUCGAGCACAUCUUCGGACAUUUCUCCCAUGUCCGAACAGAAGUCACUGCCACGAAGGGGGCGAUCAAGAUGGCAUGUUCCCAGCAGGAGCUCUCUACGAACGCUACUGCCGCCGAUCUCGGUCGCGGAGACCGCAUUCGUCGGCAAUCAGGGGGCGGUUGUGCCCACGCCGGGAAACGGGGACCGACCGGAGCUCAGCGAGGCCGAGUGCGACAUUGACUCACUGAAGAAGCUGAAACUGGGUCUGAGGAGCUCUCUGUGGUCGCGGCCGAGCACUCAAAAUAAUCCCUCCUCGGAUUACUCCAUCGCCGUCUAAUCUGUCCCUCCCGGCGCGGUAUUACUUCCCCACGGUAGCCACCCCCCCCUUUCGUUCCCUCUCUCAACCCCCGUGGGCCAAAGAUUAGGUAAAUUGAUAAAUCUCUUUCCUUCGUGUCUCGUCGAGGAUUUCCUCGUGGCCACUCGUACAGCCGCUCGACUGCCACGGGCACAUACACGUCUCUGUCGAUGAUAGAUAAAUUACAUUCUACUCGUUAACGAUGAUCGAUAGGGAGAGGCGUGCAUAGGUAAAAUCGCGGGAGGGCUUGAGGCAACGAUGAGCGAGUACAGAAGAACAAACCGAGUACAUCGAGUUAAAAAUAAAAAGAAAUUUGUUUCCAAAAGAAUCUAGAAUUCUUAGUAUUUUUUGAUGAAAUUAUUAUCAUAACUCGUUCGACGUAACAUAAUUUAUAAUAAGGAAUUUUUUUUUACAUUUUUCUUACAGAUAUCAGCUUUUUAUAACGUGAGAAAACGCAAGACGUGGAACUGUUCUUCUGUGAACGUAUUUCUUUGUUGAUCGAGCCGAGAGAGCUAGUCGAAAGUAUUUAAAAAUACGUGCGUCUCCUCUUCCUUGCCUCCGAUAUGACGCAAGAUAAUACACGUGCGUGGAGUGCGUAGUGUGCGUGAGUGAGUCCGAAUGUGUGGAUGAUCGUCGAAUCGCAUAUGCGAAUGCGUGCCAAAACGACAAUUUGCUCAGACCGCUGCGAGUCGUUCGUCGGCGGGCGAUCCAUUCGAGACCAAAGACUUAAUCGUACGAACAGAGCACGGGAGAGUCCUUCGCGUAUCAUGAACAAAAGAGGUGGCAGGCUGCAUCUGCUUCCGCCUUCCGAAAAAUACCGCCUUCUAUUCACACGAAUUUUAUCGUGUCAUUUUCAUAAUAUUUAUUUCAAUGCUAUUUAUGCAUUCUAGCUUACCACUAAGAUCACAACUUUUAAUUUUUAUUAAAAUACACUUGAGAUAGUCUCGAAAAUUAUUAGUUAUCUCAUUAACAUAAUUUAUUCCCUGAAAAUAUACGAAGCAGCUCUCGCCACCUUGAAAAUUACUCGUCUAUGUUCGAUGUACGCAUGUUAUUAGGAUCGGGAUAAAAUAACAUAAAGGAUUGUAAAGGAGAAAACACGGACACCAAGUGCGGAUUGUUGGGCUCUGUUGCGUUGUAAAGUUUAUAUAUACGUACGAAUAGCACCGUUGAUUACUUUAAGUCCGUUAUUAAUCCUAAGACUUCUAUGUAGAACGUUUUCCUGUGCGCGGAGCGCGAUACGAUCGGAGAAAUCGAGCGCGAGACUGAUCGUGGCGAUCUCGUUUUCCGCUGUGUAAAUUUCAGCCGAGGCGCUCGAAGGAGAACCGCGAGUGAAUAUUCUCUCUCCUUUUCUCUGAUAAAUCUCUCUUCUAAUGUCGCGCACUUUGAGACUUCGUAAUCCGAGGCGACCAAAUUUUAUUAUUACGCGACAAGUCGUACCAGCGAAACUCCUUCUCAGACUGAAAUCGAAAGUAAUACGAAAUCGCCGUUAGAAUUAAUUAAACGCGCGUGUCCUAACACGCCGUGAUCUUCCAAUACUUCCACAACACUGCCAUUUUCGCAGACUAUUUACCAUGUAAAGUUUAAUCGCUUUACUCUCCGGAACAAAAUAAAAAAAAAAGAAGAAGACAUUUUUGUAACUUUUACCGAGAUCGAAGUGACGUAUUCGGCGUAACCGUUCGACCCCGUUUCUCCUGCCGACAAGCGUCACUCUAAAUAGUUAAGUAUACUAUACGGUGUUUUAUAUUCGGAUCUGUGAUGACGUGUCUACUUCCACUUCCUAGUUUAUUUGAACACUAAGGAGACUGCGCCGAAUUCAUUGCAUGUCUCUGUCUCUUUCUAUACGUCGACGAUAAUUUUGAAAAAAAAGAGAAGUCCAGGAAGGCUUGUGAAAUUCUAAUCUUGCCGUAAUAUUGUAAGCGACGUUUUAAAGUUUCGCGUUUACCGUGAAACAAUGCCGAUAAGAGCUAAAGGAAAGCUGUGCGCGACACUACGAAGACGAGGCCGUAGAUAUUCGUAUAUAAAUACAUAUAUUUGGAGUACACGGGCAUCAAGACGAGCGUGCAUGCAGCAUGUACGACGCGUAUGUUUAAUGUAUAUAAGGGAAGCACGUCAAUCAAACUCGUAGUGUUCGAUUAAUCCGAUAAGGCGGUCUUCGGGGAGGACGAAGCGCGAUUCGUGGCGCGGUGAUCGCUGGACAUUUUCGUCGACACGAUUUUUGUACAUUUCUCUUGCAUCAUGGGCCGACCGAGUUCUGUCAAUCUCAAUAUCGUAACCUUUCAGGGACCAGUUCUCUUCGUUGUUCAUAAUUGUAUAAGAAGCGAAUGAAAAAAAUUCUCAAUAAUCACGAGUAACCGAUCAACGAAUUUUCCACUACGCAAUUUUUCACAAAGAUCAUCUGAAUUCCACAGUUUUUCCAUUUUUUUUUUUUUUUUUUUUGGAUUCGAUAAGUUAAGAUCUCGGUGUGAUAUUUUUGUCGGAUUAUCGGAUUUACGUUGUAGCGCGACUUGUGCGAAUUUUGCGGUCCUCGAAGGAUGGUGCAGUGACAUAACUCGGUGCAUCUCUCGUUACCUUAUGCAAUAAUCCGUGCAACUCGGAGAAUGCACUUUAAUUGCUGCAUUGAUGCGGAUAGGGACGAGUGAACAAAUCAAAUGGACGAUUGUUAUUGUAACCGCGAUUAACGUCGUUGUAGAAAGAAAAAAAAAGAAAGGAAAAGGCGCGAGUGCGGCGCACGUGCGGUCCAAUCGCGAGAUCGCGCAAGAGUCAUCGCGAGAGCUCCGUGAAAUAAAGAAAAGCACGCGAAUUUUUUCUCCGUUCUGCGAUCGGAGGUUGUACGAUUAAAAUUGUGCGAUUAAAUUUAAACUGUAUUAAAUCUGUGGUACGACAUUUCGAUGCAUUGUGUCGAUCGUAGAAUCGAUUAAAUAAAUUGAUAUCGUGUAAAGUACACGGGGUGAAUUUUCUGCGAACCUCAUGAGACAAUUCAAUAAAGGUGAGAAUUUG